AUGAGCGGCGGUGGGACGGAGACCCCUGCGGGUUGCGAGGCCGCCCCAGGCGGCGGAGGCAAGAAGAAGGACUCUCUGGGGUUCGCGGGCUCGCCGGCGCACCUCAUUAUCAAGGAUCUUGGAGAAAUUCAUUCAAGGCUCUUAGAUCACAGACCAGUUAUCCAAGGUGAAACCCGUUAUUUUGUGAAAGAAUUUGAAGAAAAACGUGGUCUUCGAGAAAUGCGAGUUCUUGAAAAUCUGAAGCAUAUGAUCCAGGAGACAAAUGAACAUACUCUUCCGACGUGUAGAGCAACAAUGCAAGACAACUUAAACCAAGUUCUCCAGAGAUUGCAAGCAGCUACUGACUCGGUCUGUAGACUCCAGCAGAGGGAACAGCAGCGAAAAAAGAUUCAUAAUGACCUUUUGAUAGCUCGUGAGAAACAGCACGAGACGCAGUGGGAGGAUUUCAUGAAAGAGCAGCACGGCAAGCAGGCCGACGUGGAUGGGGAGCACAGGAAGGCCCUGGAGAAGCUCAGAGAGCAGUAUGCCGAGAUGGAGAAGGGCCUGGCCAGGUUCUCAACCUUCUGA